CUUUUUCUCUUUCCUCCUCCUACCCCUCCCUAGACCUCUCUGGGCUUUGACGUCAUGUGUGCUCCUUUCAGUUGCCAUAGCAACCCCAUUCCCCAAGCCCUCUGUCCGUCUCCUCUGGUAGGUUCCACAAUGGUACAGGCAGCCUCCCGCUGCACAAUGGUUUCCAGGCAGUGAGAGGGUGAUUCAGCAAGCCGCUCUCUCUUCUCUUAAGCCUCCUCGUCGUCUCAGUUUAUUUUUAUGGGGGGUGGGUGGUGCUUCUUAUAUGCUUACCCUUUUUUUUUCUAUUUUCAUUUUUACAAAUUUCCUUUUUCUUCCUCACUCCUCAAUUACUAGGGGCUUGAGUGAGCUAAAGAUUGGGUCUUCUUGGAAAUCACCUGUCUGUUAUUAUUUUUAAAUAAUCGCUACACCUCCAAAGACUCUCUUCCUUACUCCGGUUUGGAAUGUGGCUAAUGACUACCCAGUAGGGAGGAUUUCUGGGGCAAACAGCCGGACCAGGAUCCUAGUUCUCAGGCACGGAAUGGCUAUUGCGAGAACAGCACCGGCAGGACCAUCGCAGAUCUUGGUUAUGGCUACUCAGGCAAGAUGCUGUUGAGUUAAGACCCCUUUCCCAUAGAUGAGAAGCCACAGAAGCAGUGGUAUUUAUGAGCCUCCAUUUCUUAUACUACUGCAGUGAACCAACCUUGGAUGUGAAAAUUGCCUUUUGUCAGGGAUUCGAUAAACACGUGGAUGUGUCAUCUAUUGCCAAACAUUACAACAUGAGCAAAAGCAAGGUGGACAACCAGUUCUACAGUGUGGAAGUGGGGGACUCAACCUUCACCGUUCUUAAGCGCUACCAGAACCUGAAGCCAAUUGGCUCUGGGGCUCAGGGAAUAGUUUGUGCUGCGUAUGACGCUGUCCUCGACAGAAAUGUGGCCAUUAAGAAGCUCAGCAGACCCUUCCAGAACCAAACUCACGCCAAGAGGGCUUACCGGGAGCUGGUCCUCAUGAAGUGUGUGAACCAUAAAAACAUUAUUAGCUUAUUAAAUGUUUUUACACCCCAGAAAACACUGGAGGAGUUCCAAGAUGUCUACUUAGUGAUGGAACUGAUGGACGCCAACUUGUGUCAGGUGAUUCAGAUGGAGCUGGACCACGAGCGGAUGUCUUACUUGCUGUACCAGAUGCUGUGUGGCAUCAAGCAUCUCCACUCCGCUGGGAUCAUCCACAGGGACUUAAAACCCAGUAACAUUGUAGUCAAGUCUGAUUGCACACUGAAAAUCCUCGACUUCGGACUGGCCAGGACAGCGGGUACAAGCUUCAUGAUGACUCCGUAUGUGGUGACGCGAUAUUACAGAGCCCCUGAGGUCAUCCUGGGCAUGGGCUACAAGGAGAACGUGGACAUAUGGUCUGUGGGAUGCAUCAUGGGAGAAAUGGUUCGCCACAAAAUCCUCUUUCCCGGAAGGGACUAUAUUGACCAGUGGAACAAAGUCAUCGAGCAGCUAGGAACUCCGUGUCCAGAGUUCAUGAAGAAAUUGCAGCCCACAGUCAGAAACUAUGUGGAGAAUCGGCCCAAGUACGCAGGACUCACCUUCCCCAAGCUCUUUCCAGAUUCCCUCUUCCCAGCGGAUUCUGAGCACAAUAAACUUAAAGCCAGCCAAGCCAGGGAUUUGUUGUCUAAGAUGUUAGUGAUUGACCCAGCGAAGAGGAUAUCGGUGGACGACGCACUGCAGCAUCCGUACAUCAACGUUUGGUACGACCCGGCUGAAGUGGAGGCGCCUCCGCCUCAAAUAUAUGAUAAGCAGCUGGAUGAAAGAGAGCACACCAUCGAAGAAUGGAAAGAACUUAUCUACAAGGAGGUAAUGAACUCAGAAGAGAAGACUAAGAACGGCGUAGUCAAAGGCCAGCCCUCACCUUCAGGUGCAGCAGUGAACAGCAGUGAGAGUCUCCCUCCAUCCUCGUCUGUCAACGACAUCUCCUCCAUGUCCACCGACCAGACCCUCGCAUCUGACACUGACAGCAGCCUGGAGGCCUCGGCGGGACCGUUGGGUUGUUGCAGGUGACUAGCCGCCUGCCUGCGAAACCCAGCGUUCUUCAGGAGAUGACGCGAUAGAACACAGCACACACACACAGCUUGCUCACACACACACACACAGCUUGCACACACACACACACACACACACACAAACACACACUGUCACACACACACACACACACUGUCACAAAUGCACUCACGAAAGGUCAAGAAAAAAAUAACAAGAGAGAGAUCCAACGUAAAAUUAAGUUAAAUCUUUCUGCGUGCUUCUCCAAAGUUCUGUAUCACAGCUGAGCUGAAAUGUAUACUUAACUUCUAGUUGCGCUCGCUUUGGUUUCCCUCCAGCAGUGCUUACUACACAAGACAAAUCAGACACAAUUAGAGAAGCCUUUCCCUAAAGUGUAACUUAAGUGGCUGCAGAACCAGCAACCUGUAACUGCCCUUCAAAUGGCAUGAGGAGGUGGGCACGGGUCCCGCCCAGCAUGUGUGUGUCUCUAUCUCGCGUCUACCUGCUCUUCCGGCCUAGUCAGAUGGAUGUAGAUACAGAUCUCGCAUGUGUCUGUAUUCAAACAGCACUUAGAGAUGCUCCUGUCAGUGUCCUCCAGGCUCCACCAAGACACACACCGGGGUACCACAUGGUCCAUUUCAUGUGAUCUAUUACUCUGACAUAAAUCCAUCUGUAAUAUAUUGCCAGUAUAUAAGCUGUUUAGUUUGUUAAUUGAUUAAGCUGUAUGUCUUAUAAGAGACUAUGUAAAGGGGGAAUAUGGAGGCGUGAACUCUCAGACCCUUGAAGAUGUAGCUUCCGAAUUUGAACCGAUUAAAUGGCACCUGUAUACCAA